AUGAAAGAGGCAUUUGAGCUCCUGCAGCGCGAUGGCGAAAUUCCAAAGGCUUCUGUUCCAACAGCACUGAGGGCUGCAGGACUCAAUCCAAGUGAGGAGAAGAUCAAAGAAAUCAUGGCGACAGCAACAGAUGUGGAUAUGACUGGAUACGAGGCUCUUGUGGAAAAAAAUGAUGACAAGACGGAUACGUCAGAGGCAGUGAAGGAGGCUUUUCGUGUCUUCGACAAAGACUUGGACGGUACUGUCUCGGUGGCCGAGUUCCGGCACAUCAUGACCACUAUGGGAGAGAAGUACAACGAUGAGGAGUUUCGUGAUUUAGUUCAGGGGUUUGAGAAUAACGGUGUUAUCCACUACGAACAAUUUGUAGACAAGAUGCUUGCGCCGUUCACAGAACAUGGGGGUGCAGAUGAUACUCACUAA